CUGGGCGGCAAGCGAAGGCGGCCAUGAUGAAACAGCGCUACAAGGACCCAUCUGCACCAUCGACUGCCACUCCCGAGAUCGCAGAGGCUUGCGGCAGCCGGCGCGUCCGCUACCGCGUCACCGCGCACCAGCCGCCCGCGGCCGAGAGCAUCGCCGGCUCGACGGCUGCGUCCGUGUUUGAGGCGGCACGGGCGGCGCUGCUGCCGGAGGGCUACCCCGGCUCGGUGCGGCCCGAGUACAUUCGCUUCCAGGUGUACGACACGAUUCAGGCCGCCUGCUCGUACCUGCGUGCCAUCCUCUCAACCGGCGCAAUCCUCAAGGCUUCGGGCGUCGGAGAGGCGGCGGCUUCGCCGAUGGCGGCGGCGGUCGCAUGGGUCCUCCGCGACGGCUUCGGCAUGUGUGGAUCGCUCCUCUUCGCCUCGCUCGUCGGCGUCGGCUUCGACGAGAACGUCAAGGAGUGGAGGCUGUUUGCUGACCUCAUCAACGACGUCGGCCUCACUCUCAACAUGCUCGCACCGAUGGCGGGCGAGCGCUUCUUCCUCGUCGCCGCCCUCGGCUCCACCUGCACCUCGAUCUGCGGCAUGGUGGCCGGCGCCACGCGCGCCUCCAUCACCGCCCACUUCGCGCUCAGUGGGAACCUGGCGGACGUGUCCGCCAAGGAGGGCGCGCAGGAGACGGCCGUGACGCUCGUCGGCCUCCUGGUUGGCUCCUACCUCUUCGCGCCUCUGGUCGGCGAGUCUGCUCCGGCGGUGUGGACCGCAUUCGCACUCCUCACCGCUCUGCACGUCUACGCCAACUGGCAGGGCGUCGGAUGCCUCGCCCUCCUCUGGCUCAACCGCCACAGAGCCGUCCUCGCGUCGCGC